UGAUGAACAUGAUUCUAAUAUUAAAUCAUAGAAAUAAGUCAGCCAUCAGAGUCCCUCAGUAUGACAUAAGCUUCAUUAGAGAGCGACGUUUUGUCCCAUCAGUGCAUCAUCCGACCUUAUCAGUCACUACGCCCUGCUCUCAUCCUCACCGUUCAUUUUUUUUUUCCCCGUCAAAUUUCAAAUGUCUCGUUCAGGUGUCGAAGACGCCGGCAUUCCGGUCAUUGAUAUCUCAAAUCCCUCUUCUGCAGUAGCCCUGCAAGUCCUGCACGCCGCAUCCACUUUCGGGUUCCUGUUCAUCAAGAAUGAUGGCAUGACUAUUCCGCCCAAGGACAUCGAAGACAUGUUCGAACUUUCUCGGGAGUUUUUCAAGUUGCCCCGAGAACUAAAGGCUGAAUAUGCGAUCCAUUCCAAGAGAGCAGGAGGAAAUAAUCGAGGAUGGGUAUCUAUGCAAGGGGAAUCUCUUGAUCCUGAGGGUCAAAAGCAAGGUGAUCCAAAGGAAGCCUUCAAUAUAGCCGAAUCCAACCCCUCUCUCCAACCUCUACCUUCCCCACUCUCCUCCUCCUCUCCCCUAAUAUCCCGUUUCCAAGCCUCAUGCCACACGCUCUGCACCAACAUCCUAGCGCUCCUCGGUAAUGCCCUCUCCAUCCCCUCCUCCCAUGGCGGAGCCACCUGGUUUGCCACCCGGCACGACCAAACCCUCGGACCGUCAGGCACUAUCCUCCGUCUUCUAUACUACCCAUCCACAACUGCGCCUAAGGACAGCCAAAGCAUCCGCGCAGGCGCGCACUCUGAUUACGGCUCCCUGACGCUCCUCUUCCGACCCCCAGGAAAUGCGGGCCUGGAGAUCCUGAAAGGUGAUGGGUCAUGGGGACCGGUACCCGUGAAUCCGUAUCCCUCCGCCUUAUCUUCACCACCUAUUCUCGUCAACAUCGGCGACUUGCUUUCCUUCUGGACCAGUGGGACAUUGAAGUCAACUAUCCAUCGCGUAGCUUUUGCGGGCGGGGAAGAACGAUAUUCGAUCGCGUAUUUCUGUCAUCCGAGAGAUGAGGUAAAACUCGAGGCUGUACCUAGCAAGCUGAUCGACGAGUUUGGGAAGAGCGAGGAGAUUGUGGAGGAGAUGGAGAGGCAGAAAAAGACGUUGGGGCUAGAGGGGAGUGGGAAUGGGGUGGCGUUGACGGCGAAAGAGCAUCUAGACAGGAGGUUGAGGGUUACGUAUGGGCUGAAGGAGUGAAUGAGUCGAGGGUUUAACGUAUUGAUGGCAUGUGCAUUCAUUAUAUAUCUUACUGGCG